CCCCAAACUACUCUCGACGUUCGCCUCGACAGCUAAAACGACGCUGAGAGUGACACGGCCAGAUCGGCGGAGGAGGGAUUGUAUCGCCAGAAGACUGCUUACUCUCGGUUCAUCGGGCUCAUGAGUAGCUCGCACGAGCUUGUAGCAGCUGCCGUCGCCACUACUGCCGCCGCCGCUGGUGCUGGUGGUUCUUCCUCCACUUCUGACCAGGGUUUCGCGACUCCCUCGACGACCGCCUAUUCGUCAAGACACGGGACUGAAGGUGGUGGUAGCGGAAUGACAGCUGUGACGAUGAAUGAAGAGGCAGGUCAUGGUGCUGAAAGCUCCAAGAUGGCCAUAGAAGGAGGUGAUUCCGCUACGCACGCUAUGGGAUUCUCCGACUACAUUUGGAACGUUGGAUACCUUCAAGCGCAAUGGACAGAUGUCCAGCUUGUCUUUUUCGAUCAGUCGAUCAACCUGCAUCGCAUCGUCCUCUCUAGAAGUCCAUAUCUCGCUCAACUUAUGGCUCCUCAUCCUCCUGGAACAUCCAUCAGGCUAUUACUCCCAGAUCUUAACAUCACUUCCACCUCAAUUCACAUCGCCCUUCAGCAUCUCUACAACCCCGCACUCCGUCUAGUCGAUUCUUCCAACGCUCGAAGUGUACUUGCUACAGCAUACAUCUUCGGAGGCAUGUCUGAGCUUGUUCAGCAUGCUUAUAGAAUCAUCCGCCAGUCCUUCUCACCCUCAAAUAUCGUAGACAACAUUCACUGGCUCGGACAACAUUCAACUGGACCCUCUAUUUCAGGCACGCCUGCGUCCAUUGAUUCACCAUCAUCACGUGGAGGUCUUGCUUUUGGAACGUUAGAUGGAGGCGACGGUGUAUCCAGUCCACGGAGUCAGUCGUCUGUUAGCGGAUGGAGGGAGGCAGCGCAGACUGCACCGUAUGGAGAGUGGUCCAGUCGUUUACGAGAUGAUAUGACCGACUAUCUCAUCAACAUCUUCCCAGCAUCUCUACCUGAACCCCUCUCAAGCGAUCCCACUCUUUUCAACAUCUACUGCCAAUUGCCGUACGAUCUCUUCAAACUUUGUAUAGAGUCCCCAGACCUCCCUAUAGGAACCACUCAAGCGAGGUUCACAUUCGCGAAAAAGGUCAUUGCGCAACGGAAAAAGCUCGCCGGAGCCAACAAAGGUGCUUCUGGGCCAUUGAUGGAGGAGAUGGUUCUUCUCGCUGUCGGGACCGAUUCAGGCAGCGUGGAAAUUACACGGCGACCGAAGAAGGGCAAAACUACGUUGGUUAAAGCAGGUCCUGGAGUCGCAGCAUAGGUGUUUAAGGCAAGCCGGAGCGAGGAGAGUGACGUGGAUCACAGCGAUAGCGCCUGGCACAGCACAGUCAGCUGGUCAGCCAAAAUCGU